AUACAUAUAUGUAUAUGUUUAAAUAUACACAAGUUUACUACGUAUUUUUUCAUUUGCAAUUCGCUAUCGAAAUAACGUCAUGAAUCCGUUGACUGAUUUAACUCUCAUAAACACAAUUGGAUUAGGCAAUGAAUCACGCUUUACUCGGUUUUAACCGCAGUGCGGAUGAUAAUAUUUUUUCUUAUCCUCUUCCCGUCCCUGCCAUUUCAUUGACGGUUUUGACACAUGAAGUUGUCACGCGUUAGACACAUGAUAUAUCUGGAAUUAUGGACGCCCUAGAAUUAAGGACUCGAUCUAGCUGAGAUGCGAGUAUUGAGGAAGGUGGAAAAACAUAUUUUACGAUUGUUAUAACAGCACGCGCGAAUAUCGUCGUCAAUCGAUCGUUUCUGUGACCUCAUCUUAACGCCACGUGAUAGAAGACUUGGAUCCAGACAUGUGGCUGACAACAGCCGAGGCUGCAAGCUUGGGGGCGGAAGAAGUUGCAGCCAGAUUGCGAGUCGAUCCUCGGACAGGAUUAUGGUGGAGAGAAGCAGAGUUGCGAAGGCAACUCACCGGUUACAACGAAUUGAUCGUUCGUGAGGAAGAACCAACCUGGAAAAAAUAUAUCGAACAGUUCAAGAAUCCAUUGAUUUUGCUUCUUCUUGGAUCUGCGGUUGUCAGCGUGUUCAUGAAACAAUUCGAUGAUGCUGUCAGUAUUACAGUGGCCAUCGUCAUAGUGGUUACGGUAGCAUUUGUACAGGAAUACAGAUCUGAAAAAUCUCUAGCAGAGUUGAAUAAAUUGGUGCCACCGACUUGCCAUUGCUUACGUGAUGGACAUUUGGGAACAUUUCUUGCCAGAAAUUUAGUACCUGGUGAUAUCGUUCAUUUAAAUAUCGGUGACAGAGUACCAGCAGAUAUCAGAAUAUUUGAAGCGAUUGAUUUGGCAAUUGACGAAAGUAGUUUCACAGGAGAAACUGAACCAGCUCAGAAAUACACUGCACCUUUACUCAAAACAAAUGGACACAGUGUCAAGAAAAAUAUCGCUUUUAUGGGCACACUGGUGCGCUGUGGAAAUGGCAAGGGUAUCGUUGUUAAUACAGGAGAAAAGAGUGAGUUUGGUGAGGUCUUUGCAAUGAUGCAAGCGGAAGAGGCUCCAAAAACGCCUUUGCAGAGAAGCAUGGACAUUCUGGGUGCUCAGUUGUCGUUUUACUCAUUUUGUAUUAUUGGUAUAAUUAUGCUGAUUGGCUGGAUACAAGGAAAGGCUGUGCUGGAAAUGUUUACCAUCAGCGUCAGCUUGGCAGUUGCAGCCAUCCCUGAAGGACUCCCCAUAGUUGUCACAGUUACUCUUGCAUUGGGUGUUAUGAGAAUGGCAAAGCGAAAAGUUAUCGUUAAAAAACUUCCCACCGUCGAGACGCUCGGGUGCGUAAACGUUAUAUGCUCCGACAAGACGGGUACGUUAACAAAGAAUGAGAUGACUGUUACCACACUUUUAACAUCCGAAGGGUAUUCGGCGGACGUUAGCGGAACGGGGUAUAAUGAUCAUGGAGAAAUAAAUAUUCAUAAAUGCGACAACGUCGAACUUGCACGUAGCGCUAUUUACAACAUGCUCGAGGUUGGCUGUGUUUGUAAUAAUGCGGUCAUGCAAAAUGACGUUCUCCUGGGUCAACCUACGGAAGGUGCUUUGAUAGCUGUUGCAAUGAAAAAUAGGAUGUACGGAGCCGUCGACAAAUAUCUUCGACUUCAGGAAUAUCCAUUUUCGUCAGAACAAAAAAUGAUGGCAGUUAGAUGUGCCACUAAGUACGGACCUCAAAAGGAAGAAAUAUUUUUCGUAAAAGGUGCCAUGGAAAAAAUAUUGCCACAAUGUACGAAAUAUUCGGCUAAUGGUCAGCUAUAUUCGCUCAAUCAGAAAAAAGAACAGGAAAUCUUAACGGAGGCUUAUGACAUUGGAAAAAAAGGCUUAAGAGUAAUGGGUCUAGCUCGUGGGACUUCGCUUCAAGAUCUCGUUUACGUUGGUUUGGUAGGAAUUUGUGAUCCGCCAAGACCCCACGUUCGCGAAUCAAUUACAACAUUAAUGAACAGUGGUGUUAAAGUUAAAAUGGUAACAGGUGAUGCAAAAGAAACAGCAACGGCUAUAGCUGAUAUGAUAGGGUUGGACACGAUACACAUGCAGGUCAUGUCUGGAGAUGAAAUGGAUACUUUAAGCGAGCACCAAUUGGAACAGGUCAUCGGCAAUAUAAGCGUAUUCUAUCGGGUGACACCUAAACACAAAUUGUGUAUAGUGAAAGCAUUGCAAAGAAAUGGCAAUAUUGUGGGUAUGACAGGAGACGGAGUAAAUGAUGGCGUCGCUUUGAAGAAGGCUGAUAUUGGUAUCGCCAUGGGAAAAAAUGGAACCGAUGUGUGCAAGGAAGCUGCUGACAUGAUUUUGGUAGACGACGAUUUCCAAGCCAUCAUCGCGGCGAUUGAGGAAGGGAAAGGAAUUUUUUACAAUAUUCGAAACUUUGUGAGAUUUCAAUUGAGUACCAGUAUCGCUGCUUUGUCAUUAAUCGCGUUAGCGACGCUGAUGGGAAUCCCGAAUCCACUAAAUGCCAUGCAAAUUUUGUGGAUAAAUAUUAUCAUGGAUGGUCCGCCAGCUCAGAGUUUGGGAGUAGAACCCGUUGACAGAGAUGUACUCAAACAAAAGCCGCGCGACACAAAGGAACCUAUGAUUACGCGACAUUUGAUUGUAAAUGUCCUAUUGUCGGCAGCUAUCAUUAUUCUCGGCACUCUAUGGGUUUACAAUAGGGAGAUGACAUCGGGAGGAAUCACCGCCAGAGAUACAACAAUGACGUUUACCUGUUUCGUAUUUUUUGAUAUGUUUAACGCAUUGAGUUGCAGGUCACAGACAAAGUCAAUAUUCACUAUUGGUUUAUUUAGUAAUAAAAUGUUUCUGCUCGCUGUGACAUUGUCCGUUGUUGGGCAAAUGUUGGUCAUCUAUUUUCCUCCGCUACAAAAAGUUUUUCAAACAGAAGCUCUCACAUUCAAAGAUAUAUUAUUCUUAGUGACGCUUACCGCUAGUGUAUUUAUAAUCAGUGAAAUAAAAAAAUUGUUGGAACGACAACUGGAUAGACGAAGGAUCAGUGGUCGACAUUACAUUAAAACUGAAUUGGAUUUCGUGUAAGAAGUGAAGUUUAGUUGAAAUCAAGGUGGACAGAUGUUUGUAUAGAAGUUGGAACUCCGCGGAAGUGAUCUCGGGGAUUUCAGAAGUCAAAGUUGAAAAUUCAAUGAGCGACUUGAUGAGAUACAACCGCAUUUUGACGUGAGUAAUUCCAAGCAUUAAUUUUCAAGUAUAAUGACUCAAGCGCUCGGCGAUUACUGGCUGUUUCAAAAAUAUUGCAGCUUUAUUAAAAGUGUAACCGGAACAAAAAGAAAUUACGUAUCAAUUUUAAACUCGGUAAAUGUAGUUAUAUUUAAGCGUGAAACAACGAAACAGUUAUCCAAUAACGUGUGUCUUUAACAAGUAGAAAUAAUUCGCAGUUGUAGGAAAU